UGACUACCCCACUUUGGUCACAUGACCUGACACAUUCACGUUGACUCUGGGGGUCGCGACGUGGAACGGCUUUUCGCGUUGUUUACAUCCACUUUGAAGCGCUUAAUGCACCAGCACUUUAUGUUAUUUUGCUGCUAAAAUAGACGUCAUGACUCAGGUAAAGCUGACAACCGGAAGUGCACUUGUGACACUGUGGCUACUUUUCCCCGCUGUCAUCGCCUACUCUGCCACGAUUAAACCCCUGAUGUUUGAGGAGCAGUUGCUGUGGGUGAGAGGAUUGGAGGGGGAGGUUGACACCUACAGGAUCCCUCUGAUCACCUUCACCCCCAUGGGGAGCCUGCUGGCUUUUGCUGAGGCCAGGAAGUUCUCAUCUGCUGAUGGGGGAGCAAAGUUCAUCGCAAUGCGCCGAUCAACUGACAAAGGAUCCACGUGGUCCCCGACCUCCUUCAUUGUCGAUGACGGGCUACAGGAUGACGGCUUGAACCUGGGCGCGGUGGUGGUCGACCAGGAAGUGGGCUCGGUCAUUUUGAUCUACACUGUUUGCUUCCACCAGUACAACUGUGCGCUUGCUAGCACCAUGAUGGUAGAAAGCAAGGACGACGGCCUCAGCUGGACUUCACCCAAGAACCUUUCGAUCCAGCUAGGAGUCAAGAAUUUUUCUCCUGGACCAGGGACCGGCAUCCAGAAGCAGUACGAACCAAACCAGGGAAGGUUGGUGGUGUGCGGUCAUGGAACACUGGCAGGGGAUGGCGUUUUCUGCAUCCUAAGCGAUGACCAUGGACGCACAUGGUUCAACGGUGCAGCCCUGAAAAGCAUCCCUUACAACCAGAAGAAGAGACCGCUGGACUUUAUGCCAGAUGAAUGCCAGCCCGUUGAGAUGACCGAUGGCAGCAUUGUCAUCAACAUUCGAAACCAGAACAACUACCACUGCAGGUGUCGUAUUGUGGUGCGAAGCCGGGAUGGCGGGUUGAGCCUGCCAAUAGACGACCUCUACUUUGACUACGAGCUUGUGGAUCCUGCAGUAGCAGCCGGGGCCUGUCGGAAAGAGGGGAUGCUCUUCUUCACCAACCCAUCCAAUGAACAACAUAGAAUUAACCUUACCUUGCGCUGGUCAGUCACUGACGGUAAGUCCUGGGAGAAGAACGCGAUGCAGAUUUGGCACGGGCCAAGUGGUUACUCCUGCAUCACGUCACUGGACAGCGGCUCUGCAGAGGACAGGAGACACAUCUUUGUCAUCUUUGAGAAGGGCCAAAAUGACUACGACGAGACGGUCUCUUUUGCCAAGAUCCACCUGUACGGAGGCCGGUAAAGCCCAUGAAUCAAAGAUGGCAACAAGAACCUCCUGUUAGUGGGUAAGAACCAAUUCAUCUGAGUCUCGCUUGGAAAUUAUUUCAUAUUUGACAGUUUGUCUCCAGGGUUUGACCACCGGAAGGAGGGGAAAAAAAGGAACUAGGUUGGUUGCAGCCUUGACUUUUUCUCAGGAAGAAACAAAAAACACUAAAAAAAAAAACCACAUUAUUUAAAAUGUGAAAAUGGGAAGCUGUGCACGCUGAUGGACGCGGAUGAAAUGAUUGUUCUUCUUCUACAAUAAUCACUGCUUCAUUGUUUCCUUUUUAUUGGGAUGUCAUAAAGAAAGUUUUUAUUAAGAUCAAAAAAAUGUGUAAGAUUAUCGAACACAUAUGUACUCAUUAAGGUCCUUUAUGUUGGGAACAUACUGUUUUUUAUAUAAUAAUAAUGUUUGAGCUUUAGUACAAUUAAGUCGUCAAUUAAAAGCAUUUUUGACCAGCUGAUAAACUUUACUUCACAAGAAUUUGACUUGGCACUUGUGUCUAAUGUAUACAUGUUUGUGUUUGGACAUUAAUUGCCUAAAAUAUGCAAAGGUUCCAUCCAUUUAAGUGUCUUUAAAAAAAAAUGAAAGCCUUUUGAUGAAUGUGCUUUUGGAAUCUCCUCUCAAAUGGUUUUCUUUAAACAAUGGCAAUAAUUUAAGGUGUGUGUGCGUGCGAUACCAGGAAGCCACUCCUCCUGGUUGUGGGAUUGUUUUAUAAUGUUGUGUUGGAGUCCUUUUUUUAACACCUCUCUGAUCAACAAUUGAUAAUAAUUGGCUGUUGCGAGCAUCUUUAGCAUCAUUUUCAUCAUUGUAACUUGUUUUUUCUUGUUAUUUUUAAGAAAUAGGUCAAACAUGUCCACUGUUACUAAACAAUAAAAUUUUGUUCACAUGUUUUGUGGCAAACCAGUCUGGCUUUGAUGGUUUUU